AGCACUACAGCUUUCUCCCCUUGAAAUCAAACACAGCCAUAUAUAUAUAUAUACGCACGAACGCAAACAAACACAGAUCGCUGUCUUUCGCCGUAGCAUCACGAGCUCAACCCCACACAGCCCGCACGACACACUAUUGGAUUGACGGGCGACCCUGUUCCGCAGCGCUGCUCUCUUUGUUGCUGGCACUCACGCACGCGUAUCGAAGUACAUUGAAGUGUUUCGAGUACCCGUGCUGCUUACCGCCGUUGACGUCACAGAGCCGGUUCAAGAAACGCGUUCUCAAGUUGUCUCUUCGGUAUUCUUUAUAUUCUUGAUGUUUUGUUGUUGUUGUUCUCUCCAUUUCUGAUCACCACAGUAGAGGACUGAACGAGAGAGAGAGAGCGAGCGAGCGAGAAGGUUGUAUCGCUUCCCAUACAGCGCCAGUGUGUUAGUUAAACCUGCCUUUUUCUGUUUUAUUAUUAUUGUAUUCCUCCCUUCUCCCGCGUCUCUUUUUGCGUGCAGUGAAAUCUCCGAGUGACCAGCCAAGGUCCCCGCGCCUUUUCUUUUCCCGCCAUCUUUAUUCUUCUUCUUGUUUUUUGGCAGUUGUCUCUCUGCCUUUUACUCCUCCUUGCUACCCUGGACGUGUGAACCUUUCCCUUCACCGUACUGACCUCCCUCCCCUCCCUACUUUUGCUGUUGUAGCUCUCCCCUUCGGUACUUGUUUGCCUCCUCACGAUGCUCGUCGCCCCCUGCCCCGCCGACACCUUGCUGGAGGGAGCAGACUCGGUGGACCUGGCCAUCGAGCAGGCCCUUGAAGACGGCUCCAACACCUUCUUUCUGAGUCACCGGCACGAAGGUGGUGACGUGCCGGCGAACAUCAGCCUCCUGCGCAACCAGCUGGAGGUUCUCCACGUGGACAACAACUACAAUCUAGCGGCCAUCUCACCCCGUAUUACGGCGCUGUCGCGGCUGCGCUGGUUGAAUGCGUGCUACGGCGCCGUGACCAGCAUCGACCCCACCAUCAGCCGCCUCUCUAAGCUGCAGCGACUCACGUUAAACAACAACCGCCUGACGUGGCUGCCACUGGAGAUGUGGCAGCUGAAGGAGCUGGAGGAGCUGGACCUGGGCAACAACAAGUUGCGUGUCCUUCCUGGCUGUCUCUUGUUUCUACCGAAUCUGCGCGUCGUGACGCUGGAGAACAACCCGCUGCUGAAGCGCGAGGAGGUGGAGGGGGGCGCGGCCGCCAUGUUCGUCCCACCGCAGCGCAGCGUCGACUGCAGCGGGUGCUGUGCGCGCACCAGGCACUACGAGGUGUUCAUCACGUUCCACAAAUUCCUCGGUGAGCGGGAGCUACCUUUUGUGCACUUCGCGUGCUCCAGCGAGUGUGCGAGCCACGUGCGUACCCGCCUGCAGCGCUACGACGCAUCGCAUGUCCAAGCGAACUCCAGCGAGUAA